AUGUUAGGCGGGAAAUACUUGAACAUAAAACUUUUCAGUGAAAAAAAAAAUUCUUUGGAGAAUAAGACAGUGGGAAAUCCACGAAGCGGUGAUAAAAACAGCACGCAAAAUGUUGGCCAUGGAAAAAGUUACAAUAGAGAUAAAAGAAUAAUACAUGAAGGAUGGUUAAAUAAAUGGACUAAUAUUAUUGGCAGUUAUAGACCUAGAUAUUUUGUAUUAGAAAAUGGUAUAUUAAGAUAUUCACUAGAUAAAUUUUCUCCAACGAAGGAAACAUUUGGGUUGGCACAUUGUAGGAUACGAGUAUGUCCAGAUGAUCCUCUGCAUUUUGAAAUUGACACAAGUGAGCAAGGCAUACUUUAUUUAAAGGCUGAUUUUCCGGAAGAUAAACACAAAUGGUAUAUUUCUUUUAAAAAGGCCCAAUUGAAGUAUCUGCAUGGAAGUCAUAGCAAGAAAGGGUAUAUAAACAUGAAUAAUUUUAACAUGUCCACGAAUUCAGAAUUUUUGAAAAAUAUCAUAAGGAGCACGAAUGACUUGAAUAAAAGCAAAACAAUCAGUUCCUUUGCAGAAGGAAAAGGGGCGAUGGAAAGUUGUGACCAUGUGGAUAGAAAUGCAAAAUGUUGCAAUGAUGUGAAACGAAAGGUAGAAAGUUGCAACGAUAACAUCCCAGAAAGGAAGGAAAAAUUGGGGAAUGCUUUUUCCUGCCAUACAUUUGAUCAUUCAGAGGGUGCACUAAAAACGCAAGAUAUGAAAAACAUAAAUUUGGAUGAAGUGUUCAUAAGAUCAACGGAUUUUGAAGAAAAAAGCCCAACCCUGUGUCUUAUGGAAAAUGUUGUAUCCUUAAAAGAAAUUACAAGAGAAUUAAUUAAAAAUUCAGAAUAUAAUGAAGCGAAAUCUAUUUUAAGAAAAAUGAAAUCAAAUUCCAGUUAUAAAAUUAACUAUAAUAAUAUAGGUACAUUGUUAUAUCAACUAUCCAACUCUAUUGAUUGCAUCGAUGCAGUCAUAGAAAAAUAUAUCAGUUGCACCGAAAUGCUAUUGAAAGAAGAAAAUAUACAAUCAAAAUGUAUAAACAAAUCAUUAAAAUUGUUGGCCAAACAAAAUUAUUUCCUCGAAAAAUCGCAAGAUAAAAAAAGUUUCAGUGAUUUAGGAGUUAAGGUAAAAAAUAAAUUUGAAAAAUUUAACUUUUAUGAAAAUGAGCAAGAGAGUGAGGCUGAAGAAAAUGAAGACAUGUUUUUUGAUUGCGAUGAUGAAUCGCUUUUUUGUGAUGAAAAAAACAUGCAUUCAAAUGCUCCUUCUGUAGAGAAUGUAUCUCCUGAAUUUACAUUCAAUUCUUUUGCUAACGAGGAGGGAGAAGUGGAUAUUCAAGACAGAGAAACAGAUCGUGCGAAUGACACUCUGGAAACUGAGCAAAGGAAGGAAUCUAACUUAAGUGAAACUCCAAUUGAUGAGUAUUCCCAUUUGAGAAAAAAAUAUCAUUACGAAAAAAAACCACAUGAUCAAUCAAUCGAUGAAACGAUACAAGAUGAGGAGACACAUCGAUUGGAUACAUACGAAGAGAAGGAUAAUGAAUUUCCCUCUGAAGAGCUACUUAAUCAUACAACAACAAAAAAAAAUAAUCAUUUGAUUACACACAAAGAAGAGAACUAUAAACCUGGUGACAGUUGUGAAGACAAAACAAAUGACAACGAUUUAGAGUUAAUCCAAUUAUGUAUAGAUAAAAAUAUAAAAUCGUUGAAUUUUAGCAAAAUAGAUAUAUAUACAGAUAAAAGAAUUAAAAGAAGAACAAAAUUACCAAGUCCAAGAGCAGAUAUAAAAAUAAGUAUGUGGUCUUUAUUGAAAGAUUGUAUAGGGAAAGAUCUGUCACGUAUAGGCAUGCCAAUAUACUUAAAUGAACCGUCUUCAUUUUUACAAAGAUUGGCAGAAGAUUUUCAAUAUAUAUAUCUUCUAAAAUAUGCAUCAAAUGAAAUUGAAAGCACAAGUAGGUUAGCAUAUGUAACAGCUUUUACCAUAUCCCCUUAUGCAUCCGUCAUCGGUCGAACGUUUAAACCGUUUAAUCCAUUGUUAGGUGAAACGUUUGAAUUAACUCAUAGAAAAUUCUUCUUCAUAUCAGAACAAGUUGUUCAUCACCCACCCAUCACUGCAUAUCACUGUCAUAAUGAAUAUAUGAAAAAUUUUGCAAGUAUAACAGUUAAUGUACAAAUAUUAGGGAAAUCUGUCGAAGUUACCAUUCCAGGUUCAAGCCAUCUGAUCCUCAGAUAUAAAAAAAAAAAAAAUGAAAAUACGCAUGUUCACAGUGAACAACGUAAAGUAGACGAACCUAUGCUUUAUAAGAAAAAUAAUGUAGGAAAUUUGAAGGAGGUUGUAAGAAGAGGAAGUGAUAUCAACUUGAAUGAAUGUGAAGCACUAACAUGUGCCUCGACCAAAAGGAACACUCACAGCAGUUGUUCUAAUAAUGUACACAUGGAUGUUGGAAAUUGUCAUGCGUAUAAUUAUGAAGUACACCAUUCAUUUCAUUGUUCUCAUGAAAGGGAACAUGAUGAUACGUAUCCAGGUGGAUAUAUGGAGAACGUUGGGAGAGAGAAAUCGGAAAAAAGGGAUUCAUAUAAAACGGAUUUACAAAAAAGGGAGGACUCAGAAAAUGUACGAAAAAAUAACCAUUUGCUUGUAGAAGCUCGUCAAUUUUCCUUAAAUGGUAAUAACAAUAAAAUUCGUGAAACAAAUGACGCUUCUGUGAAAAGAAACAUUUCUAGCGAAACGAAUGAACAUCUUAAAAAAGGUACAGUGGAGGACAAAGGAAAUGGAAAAGGUUUAGGAACAUGUUCCCCAAAUGAUGAUACUAAAGACAAUGGCAUGGAAUAUGAUUACGAGCAUUACACUUAUCAAAGAGCUAAUAUGGUAAUUCAUAACAUAAUUUUUGGGAAAUUAUGGGUGGAAUUACACGGAAAUAUACUAAUUCGAAAUCAUAACAAUGGGGAUUUUUCUAUAGUUAAUUAUAUGAGAAAAGGAUGGUUUGACAAGGAAAUUCACAAAGUAAGAGGAAUUGUAUGCGAUAGAUUUAAAAAUGUAAUUUUUUAUAUAUAUGGAAAAUGGUCCCAAGAAAUUAACAUUGCUUAUGUAAAAGAUUUGAAAAGGCAAGAAUAUAAUUCUUACUUUUUUAAUGAUGAUGGAACCGAAAAUUUAAAUCAUUUCAAUAGGGAUACAUUAAAUGAAUUUAUCAAUAAUGUUGAUUGGCAAUUUUAUGAAAAUCAUAUAGAAAAAUUAAAUGUAGUGUGUAUGUGGAAAGCAGCAAAACGGCCAAAACAUAGUGACUUAUACUAUGGUUUUAACAAUAUGACUGUAGAAUUAAAUGAAAUAACACCUGAAUAUGAUAAAUCCAAUGGAGCAUCUAUUGCCUGUACGGAUAGUAGAUUUAGACCGGAUCAAAGAAGUUACGAAAAUGGAAAUAUUGAAGUUGCUAUGAAUGAAAAACAAAGACUUGAAAACAAACAACGAAUGAAUUCAAAGAAAUAUACAGCCAAUAACUCCUACAAACCAAAAUGGUUCUACAAAAACAAGGAUCCAAUUUAUAAGGAUAAGGACAUGUAUUUAUUUAACAAUGAAUACUGGAUCGCAAAGGAGAAUAGACUCUUUACAGAUUCUCCUGAUAUAUUUUGA